AUGUCUGUCCGCUGGUUGUUAUCCCUUCUACUUGCCACGUGGACGAUUCUUUCGAUAGCUCGAUCAGUGUUCGAUUUGAUCGGAAAUCUCUGGGUCGUUGUGGUUUUUGAUUUUGUGCAGAUAGUGUUCCUGAUAUCUGGCCUCUUCGGUGCAACUCAAAAACGCCGUCCACUUCUCUACACUCUCCUCGUUUCCAAUGCUCUCUCGAUCGUUAUCAACGUUCUCAUUUUUCUUUGGUACAUUGGAAUUUUCGGAGAGAUUUCUAGGCCGUAUCUGUCGUUUGGUCUACCGUACUCCUCGUCGUUUUUCUUGAGAUUCACGCCAGGAUGUGAUGCGGAAUUCGAUGUGAUUAGAAAAAAAUGGGUUCAAAAAUCCUGCCUCAUCCCAUUCUACUCGAUCGAAGCCUCUCAAUCAAUCCUUCACAUCAUUCUGGCAAUCAUCACUUCAAUUUUCUCAAUCCUAGUUCUCAUAGAAAUCCGAAAGAAACCAAUCAGAUCUUGUAAUCAAUCUAUCAACCACUACGCUCAAAUCUGUGCAUCUAAAGUCGCAAAAGCUCCAAGUACAACCAAUAAUUCAAGUAGCGGAUACUUAAAUUCUCAAUACGACGAUUUGGGAUCAUCUAGAGAGACACAAAAGCCUGCUGUCGAGAAAAAAGAGGUCAAGGGGCAAUUUGAGAGAAACUCGAAAAAGAAAAAGAAGACGCCACGUCCAGCAAUGCCGGCUCCCGACUGUGCUCCGUGCUCGUCGAAUAGGUCAUCUGAAGAGGAAAAUAAUCCAGAAGAUGUGUAUACGAAGCCGAUCAAGAAGAAAUCGUUGCAGUUGAGAAGACCCGACUUGGAAGAAGACCCUAAUUCAAUUCCGGCUAAUGUCACAUCAUUAGUGAGUUUCGACCCCAAAAGUGCCACGUUGCUUCGAAUACGACAGCAUCUGGAGGCGGAGCCUUCAGAUAGAGAUACUCCCGACUACGAAAUGUACGAACGUCUUCGCUCCCGAUCUUCCAACCAAUCCGACCUGAUCCCAGCCUCUACCAUCCCAUUGAGCUCCGACUACAAAUCCCGAAACGCUUCCCAAGAUUCCGUCCCCUCCAUGUUCGCCCCAAUGCUCGACUCUCCAGCUCCAUCCUCUACGUCUUCAAGGUCAUCUGGAGCGUCCUCAGUAGUCAAACCACCCGUUCUCGGGAAGGCUGGAAUUAGUCUAGCAGCUCCAUCACCCAUUUUGUCUCCUGGAAUCCGGCUUUCCGAGCAGCUGGGCGCCAAGAACGCUCCCCCUUAUAAAAGUGCAUUCCGAGUACAGAAAACUGAAAAUGCUCGAGUGAUAAGCCACUAUCAUGCUCCGAACGAGAUUCCGCUAUCCAGUGAUCCAUCGGUGGCAGCAGAAGGAGCCAAGUAUCCAGUGAUGACAAGUGGAGGUCUAUUGGUGUGA